AUGUCUUCCAGCCUUCCUCCAGUCUCACCACUACCGUCUCUACCACAGGAUGAGCAAUUCAGAGCUCUCGAUACCCUCUUUGAGCCAUCUCCAGAACUCCACACGCUGAUGGCUCCGGUCCUAUCCAACCAAACAUUCUCCUCGUAUAACAGUCUCAUCGACGCAGUAGGCGGCCGAAUGUCUGCACUCUCCGCCCAAAAUUCACCCACCGACAAGGAAAUCCUCACAGGAAUCUUAGGAUCGCAUCCACGCCUCGGAAGGCCCAAAGUUGCAGAUACAGAACAUAUGAGCGAGCUCAGUAAGAGAGAGCAGGCCAAUCUGAAUACAGGGGCAGAAGAACUAGCGGAGAAAUUGAGGCUACUCAAUGUCGAAUAUGAGGAGAGAUUUCCGGGACUGAGAUUUGUAACGUUUGUCAAUGGAAGAAGCAGAGAUGUCAUCAUGGAGGAAAUGCGCCAGAGGAUUGACAGAGGCGAUAUUGAGCGAGAGAUACAGGAAACCAUCCAGGCAAUGUGUGAUAUAGCCAAAGAUCGAGCUAAGAAGCUGGAACAGUCGUCCCGAAUUUGA